AAAGUUGGGGUUUCGGAAGCAGCCAAUGAUUAAUCAGAGAAAUGGACAGCCUCCGUCUAUUAACUUACUGCUCCUCCUUGAAUUAAAAAAAUCCGAUUUGGGAAAAAAUCCAUCGUUCACUGCUCCUUCAAAUCUGGCCAAAUCGAAAUUCAAAAAGACCUGCGAGAUUGAGUAGGAGGAGGCUACUUUGUAAAACCUGCUUCUUACUUAACCUUUCAUCCAAUUUAUUAGACGGGUACAAUAUCUGUCACAAUUGGGAAGAAAAGCUUUGCCAACAGUUGAUGUUGUGUCCUGCACUAGCCGCUACUCCCCAGGAUUUAACUGUGGUUGUACUUGAUUGUUUUUGGGAAAAAAGCGGUUUUGGAUUGUAGGAGACAAAGAGAAUCCUUGUUUUGCAAAUGAUUGCUUCUGCAAAAGUUCUCACCCCUGAGAAUCAUACUCAAAAUGGAGAGUGGACAAUUGUUUUACCCCGAAAGGGUAGACAUAGAAGGAAUUCCCAAAAAAUGAAAAUAACAAAAGGACAACAACAAGAGCAACAGCCGUGGGUUCCAACCGAUCUUGAAGUUGAUCGUAAGAGGCAAUCAAAGCUUAUGCACAAGAUACAAAUCUGUUUGAAGAGAAUUGAAAACUCUAGUUUUUUUCUGACCUUCUUGGAUCAAAUGGAAAGUCCAGAAGUCUUGGAUCAUUUUCACAGGGUUUUGGGAUCUGAGUUGAGACUGCAGAUGGUGAUAUUUGGUAUUGGCAGCAUUGAGUCUCAUGAAACUCCUCGACUUCAGCUUAGCCUUGCAGUUUUGAUGAAAAGAAAGUUCAGUUGGAUUGGGGAUAUAGAGGUGUUUGAUCCAGUUCUAUCUGCAACUGAGUCUCAGGUUUUAGAAUCCCUUGGCUGUUCCGUUUUGUCUGUAAAUGAGCAAGGGCGCCGGCAAGCUAAGAAGCCAACACUUUUCUUCAUGCCACAUUGUGAAGCAGAGUUAUACAACAAUCUUUUGCAGGCAAAUUGGGGAGUCGAGUCAUUAAAUCGGGUAGCAUUGUUUGGAAAUAGCUUUGAGACUUAUGAGCAGCAUGUGUCAUUUAAGUACUAUGAUCAGGAAGUGUCAUUUAUGGACUCUUCUAUUGUUGAGUCGGUCACACACAUCUUAGCUGCUCGAACGUUCACGGAUGAAGUCAGAAUCAAGACAGUUUCAGAUGAUUAUUUUGCAGCUUUUCAUGAUUCAAGCUGGCACUUUUUCAGGCCUGCUUGUGAGAACGAGUUGCUGUUGCAUUGAUUCAUGAUUGUUAUUCUGGA